CACAUCUCAAUCUAUCACCUUUAACAGAUCAAACUCACCAUGGCAAAGCUUACAGUUCUUGCUGCUCUCUUCUUAGCUCUCUUGGCGUUCAACGAAGCCUCCACCAUCACAACCACCGUGACAACCACCACAAUCGACGACGAGGAGACCACCGGAAAGUCCCAACAAUGCCAGAAACAGGUGCAGGGCCGCCAAUUCCGCUACUGUCAGAAGUUAAUGAUGCAAAAAACCGAAAAAGUUUUCUUGAAUAUGGUGACCAGAAGCAACACCAACGAGAAGGAGGAGACACAACAAUGUUGCCAACAGUUGCAGAGCAUUAAUUCGAAAUGUGUGUGCGAUGCUGUCCGGGAAAUGAUGAUGAGAAUGAAGCAGAAGCAGCCAGGCGGUAGCCAGCAGGGUGAGCAAAUGGAGAUGAUGAUGAUGAUGAAAGCUGCAAAUCUUCCGGUUAUGUGCGGGAUAAGACAACAACCGUGCUCAAUGUUCUGAACAGUUCAUCAAAAUAAAAAAAUAAGUUAUUCAGAUCCAUGUGACUGAUCGUUUGUAAUAAUUGCACACCAUCGUGUGUAAAUAAUCAUGGAAUAAAAUCAAAAAAUUUCUAAA